UAUAUAUAGUAAAGAAACUUGAGAGCAAAUAUAUACACACAUAAGAAAAAGAUUUUGUUUCCAUCAUUACAAACCCAUGGAAAGCCAGUGCUCAUUUCUCUUCUUUUUCGCCAUUUUUGCAUCUUGCAUUUUCAAUGUCUGUUUUGCAAGUGAGAUUCAUCUUCUUCGACCGAAACAUGGAUCGGCAGGCGCAGUUCGUAUGCAUGGGGUUUCCUGUGUUAGUUGGCGUCUUGGUGUAGAAACUAAUAAUAUUCGAUAUUGGAAAACAAUUCCGGUUGAAUGUGAGAAAUAUGUUGGUCAUUAUAUGCUCGGUCAUUUAUACCGGAAAGACUCGAAUAUUGUUGUUUAUGAAGCUAUCCAGUAUGCUCAGAGUAUUGACUUAAGGGGAUCAGAUGGGAAAGAUAUAUGGGUUUUUGAUGUUGAUGAGACUUCGUUGUCUAAUCUCCCUUAUUUUGCUAAGCAUGGAUUUGGGGCUGAAAUAUUUAAUCCAACUCUAUUCUAUGAAUGGGUGGAUAGUGCAAAAGGGCCAGCACUGCCGGCAACUCUAAUGCUGUACAGGAAACUGAUCUCUCUAGGUUUCAAAGUGGUAUUCCUAACUGGACGAACAGAAGCUCAUAGAAAGGGUACUGAAACUAAUCUUAAGUGGGCUGGUUACCCCACUUGGGAGAGACUCAUUUUGCGAGGCGCAUCGGACUCGAAAUCAACAGCGAUUGCUUACAAAUCAAAUGAGAGGAAAAAGCUUGAAGAAAAGUACGGGUACAGAAUUCAUGGAAACAUUGGGGAUGAAUGGAGUGAUAUUAUUGGGACCAAUACUGGCAACAGAACCUUCAAAUUGCCUGACCCUAUGUACUACGUUGGUUAGAUGAAUCGAAGCAUCUGUCGCUGUUGUUAAAUUUGUAGGGUUAUGCACUAAUGUUAUGAAUAAGAACCGAGAAAUGUGGUUGUUUUUCUUUUUUUUCUCUCUGUUAGCGACUUAGCGUCCAUGGUUGCAAUUUAUUCGAGUCAGUUUUAGACGA